AUGGGGAUUUGCAUGGAUGUUGAAAGUAAUCAGCUUAACAAAAGAGCUGGCCGUGGAGGAAGAAGAGCAUCCUUAUUCGUCUAUGCAUUGGCUGGUCUAGAGAAUACGGCAUUUCUUGCAAAUGCUGUGAGCUUAGUGACUUACUUCUAUGGAGACAUGCACUUCAACCUGACAAAAUCGGCUAAUGCACUCACAAACUUGAUGGGAACUACUUUCUUGCUGUCAUUAGUCGGAGCCUUUAUUUCUGAUACUUACUUAUCAAGAUUCAAGACUACAAUUCUCUUUGGAUGCUUAGAAGCUGUGGGUCUUGCUCUACUAACAGUACAAGCACAUUUCCAACAACUAAGACCCCUACCCUGCAAGGAUGCAGCAGAUCUGCUUACAAAUCACUGCCCCCAAGCAAACACCACCCAAGUGACUAUCCUGUACGUGGGGCUAUAUUUGAUGGCAUUUGGCAAUGGGGGUGUAAAAGCUGCAUUGCCAGCUUUAGGAGCUGAUCAAUUCGACGAAAAGGAUCCAAGGGAGGCACCUAAACUAGCAAGCUACUUCAACUGGUUGUUAUUCUCCAUAACUUUUGGAGCUAUGUUUGGGGUCACCUUUUUAGUCUGGAUCAGUUUGAAUCAAGGUUGGGAUUGGUCCUUUGGGGUUUGCACCAUUGCUGUCAUUGUAGGACUCUUAUUCCUAAGCAUGGGAAGAUCACUCUACCGGAAUAAUGUCCCACAAGGAAGCCCUUUUGUACGGAUUGCACAGGUAUUUGUAGCUGCAAUCAGAAACCGGAGUCUUCCUUUACCGGAGAUGGCUGAGGAGUUGCACGAGAUCCGCAACAGGGAAGCUGGAAAAGAUGUUGAAAUUCUUAAUAGAACUGAUCAGUUUAAAUGUUUGGAUAAGGCAGCCAUUGUUGGGGGUGCAGACGAAUCUACUCACCCCUGGAGAACUUGUACAGUAACACAAGUUGAAGAAAUAAAGAUUCUACUUCGCAUGCUUCCCAUUAUACUAAGCACUGUUUUCAUGAACACUUGCUUGGCUCAGCUUCAAACUUUCUCCAUCCAGCAAGGCACCACAAUGGACAGAAGUAUCCGAGGGUUUGAAGUGCCAUCAUCGUCAAUUUCAUUCAUUCCCCUGUUCUUCAUGACUCUAGCCAUACCAAUAUACGAGCACAUUUUCAUCCCAGUAGCUAGAAAGUUUACUGGAAUCCCAACGGGAAUCCGCCAACUGCAGCGUGUAGGGGUUGGACUCGUGCUUUCUAUAAUAUCAAUGGCCAUAGCUGGAGUUGUGGAAAGCCGAAGGAAAUCUGUUGCUGUAGAACACAACAUGGUCGACUCAAAUGCCCCUUUGCCAAUGAGUGUAUUCUGGUUGGGCAUCCAAUACGCUAUUUUCGGGAUGGCUGACAUGUUCACAUUGGUGGGACUAUUGGAUUUCUUCUAUGCAGAGAGCUCAUCAGGCAUGAAGUCUUUAGGCACAGCCAUUUCCUGGUCUUCGCUGGCAUUUGGGUACUACACGAGUUCAGUAGUGGUGGAUGUGGUAAACAAGGUGAGUGGUGGCUGGCUGGAGAGUAACAAUCUGAACAGAGAUAAGUUAAACUAUUUCUACUGGUUGCUAGCAAUUCUAAGUACAGUCAACUUUGGAUUUUACUUGAUGUGUUCAUCCUGGUAUAAGUACAAAAAGGUUGAGAUGAAGCAAGUAGAUGCUGAUUCUAAUGGUAACUAUGAGGAAAAAGUUUAA